CAUGGCUUGUGUGAAGCUAGGUUUGCCGAAUUAGGCAGCCAAAGGCAGCUUUUGAAAAAGAAAAGAAAAAAAAUCUCUUCUCUCUCUUUCGUGAAAUUUCCUCUCUCCUAAAUUUUCAACCUCUCUCUCCUAAAUUUCAACAGAAAAAAAUGGCGGUUUCUUCUAGAAGAAGUAGCGGACCGGUACUCCGUUCCCUCUCACCCUCCGGAAGAUUCUGUUACUCUCAUUACUCUUCGUCUCCAUCAUCGUCUUCCUCAGCUUUUGCAUCAUCCAGUUCGAGUUUCUCAUCCCGUUCCUCCGACUUCUUCCACCGUGCCGCCUCCCCAACGCGCGUUAACCUAGUUGGCGCGUCGUCUUCCGCAUCGUCCGUACGGUUCGCUCUUGACCGUCCGAUUUCUCCCAACCGUUCGAUUGCCGUGGCGCCGCGUGGUAGUAUGAGCAACAACCAUCAGGUGGUGAGGCGUCAAGCGACUGGUCAGAAGAAGACUUGUCUGUGUUCCCCUUCGACUCACCCCGGCGCGUUCCGAUGUAGUCUCCACAGAGGCUUUGGGAACAACACGUCGCAUCACUCGGUGACUCCUUACGCGCAGAACCGGCUCAACGCUCGCAGGUCAGCCAUGACGAAUUCUUUGGUUAGGAUUGGAGGCGUUGAAGGCGAUCUGGUGAAACGUGCUUUGGCGGCUCUGAUUCGUCCUUCGUCGCACCAUCAGAAGAGGCGUGCUGACUUCCGUCCAAGGCCGAGCCGACUCUCUAUCAUGUCGAAAGCAGGUGAAGAAGAAGGCUCUUGAUCUGAUUUGGUAUGUUGAAAUCUUCAAAACCAAAAAAACAAAACUCGUCGAUCUUUCGUGUAUGAAAUUGUAGCCUUUUAGCUACUUAUUUAGUGGUCUAUCUCCGAAUUUUCCUGUUGACGGAGGCUUCAGAAUCCGAAAACCACUGGUGUUGGUGAACGGAUUUCAGCCGCGCGCGGCGGCAACAGCGACGGCAUCAGAUUAAGGCGGCAUACGUUUGUGAUCUGACAUGCGCAAUGAUUUGGAAACGGACCUGGUUAUUUUGUGUACUCCGGUGACCGAAAUCCUAUACAGGACAAAUAAUAUCUAUAGUUAAUAGUUUUCUGUAUAUAAAAAAAUAUAUAUAAUUCAUUUCUAGUUGACCGCCAUUAAUGGUGGCUCGACGAGCUUUCGGACCGAACGAAUCUCCACCUAACAAUCAUCAAUCCAUACAUUUCAAAAUCAAUUCCAAAUAAUUAAAACACUUAAGAAAUUCAUUCGAUCA